AUGGUCGUCUUCAGUCCACAGAAGCCACUGCGAAUCCUCCACAAAGCUCUCUUGAUGCCCAAGAUCAUUUCCGAGGCGAAGAUGAUUGUGCAGCUCUUUGAGCGCUUGGCCGACCAAAGAGCAAGCGAAAGAUUGAGGAAACGCAAGCAGCGGAUUCGAACCUGGAAAUUGAGGAAGCCCAGUCGGGUAUCUCAGCUGAUGAUCGACGACAACAUCGCAAGCAUCAAUUCUCAGGACAAGAAAACAGAAACACACACGCUCAAAAGCAGGCCACCAAAGCCUCAACCCCACAUUCAAGGGCCUGUCGACCAUCCUCCGCAACAAAUACGGCUACGCAUAGCAACUUAUCAAGUGAGCAACCAUCAUGCCGAGAACCUGUGA